AUGGCUGCCGGCGGGGAUCGCGACUUCGACCGCUGCCAGCCCUUCUUCUUCUUCUACGACGACGACGACGAAGACCGCUGUGCCUGGGACUUCAACCAGUCCACGGCGCCCGGCGAGGACAUUUGGAAAAAGUUCGAGCUCCUGCCCACGCCGCCCCUGCCGCCGAACUGGGCGCGCCCGACGCCGUUGCUGCCCUCGGGCGGCCCGUGCCACGGCGGCACCGCCGGCUCGCCGGACGACGACGACGCCGAGGGCCCCGGCGUCCUCUCGGACCCCAUCCACGGCGCGGAAGCCGUGGUGCUGCGGGACUGCAUGUGGAGCGGCUUGGACUCGGCCGGAGCCACGCCGGAUAAGUCGGCGACCGAGAAGCCGGCCGCCGAGAAGUUGGGGGGCCUCGCCGGCGGCGCGUCUCUGCCCUCCGCGCGCCUGCCCGCGGCCUCCCGCGCCGUGCCCCCGGAGCCGGGUCCCGGCGGCGGGAGCCCCGGGGAGGGCGGCCGCGCGGGGGUCGGCGGAGCGGGGCCCUGCUCCGUCCCGCUCGUGGCGACCUCGGCCGUGGUGGACCCUGCGGACUUGCACGACAACGACGACGAGGAAGAUGGAGAGAUUGACGUGGUGACCGUGGAGAGCGUGGCGGUACGCGCCGUGUACAACACAAACACGGUCCGCCAGUACAACCAGCAGCAGCAGCAGCAGCGAUCCGCCCCGGCCUACGCAUCGCGCGGCCACAUCCCGCUCGUGCACCAGCACCACAACUACGCCGCUCCCCCGCCGGAGAAUCCCCCGGCCGCCAAACGCUUCGGCCCCGACCCGCGCCCCGCUGGUGCCGCCGUGCCGCCCCCGUCGUACCGGGCCAGGUGGCGCACGCACAACCACCUCGAGCGGCAGCGGCGUCGCGACAUCAGGAACGGCUUCCUGUGGCUGCGUGAUCACGUCCCAGAGCUGGCGCACAACGACAAGGCGGGCAUGGUGCAGAUCCUGCAGAAAGCGACGGAAUACUCGCGCACCCUGCGGCGUCAGGAGGAGCAACUCGAGGAGACGAAACGGCAGCUGAAAAUUCGACAGCGGGAGCUACUGAAGAGGCUGGAAAGCGCGAGGAACUUACAGGCCAAGCGGUCUUGAUUUGCGUCUUGUUUAAAGACUUUAAACCAAAGGUAACUUUUGUUUUGAUAUUGGACUAAAGCCUCUGGCAACCAGCACAGUUUAGCCACUUUGCUAUUUCGUGAUUUUGUAUCCACUGUGACCUCGUUUGCAACAUGAUGCCUUUGAAUAUUUGACUGCCAAGGUUUGAGUUGAUGGGAAUGGUUGUUAUACCUCA